GAAAUGUGAAACCAAGACAGGCGGAAUCAAUCAGUUAGAGUGGCUUUAAUUGUGGAAAACUUGAAACUCUUGUGUCUUAGUUCACUGCAGGCGGCAAGUUUGAGCUUCUCUGAGUGUAAAUCUGAUGAGGCAGACAAUUACAAUUACCAUGUCAGAUAUAAAAGAGUUUACAGAUGAAAGUGAAGUACUUUCUACCCUGCCCACAGCAUCCAAUCAUUCAUUAAACUACAUGACACCGGAGAUGAGUAGGAACAUCACACAAUGGGUGACAGUAAAGAUACUGACAGCAAUGUUGAAGAUGUACAGGAUAACACCAGAUGUGGAUUGUAAGAAUUGUGGAAAUGAAACUUCAAAUUUUACAAAUAUAAGACAUGAUGAACAACAUGACACACAGAAAGAGAUGUUUGAUUUUUACCUUUAUACUGUUGUCACCCUCAUAGUGUUUGGGAUUAUCCUGUUAACAGGAAUUGUUGGAAAUGGUAUGGUGAUUUACAUUACAGUACGGAAGAUGAAAGGAUUCACAGUGGUCAAUGUACUUGUGACAAACCUUGCAAUUGCAGAUUUAUUAUUCAUCUUACUGGUUGUUCCUUUCGCUACAUAUGACUAUGCUUUCAAUGCAUGGCCUUUUGGUGAUGUCAUAUGUAAUCUCAUGUAUUAUUUGCUGUUUUCUACAGUGUAUGUAUCGAUUUAUUCACUUGUGGCAGUGUCUCUCACCCGUUAUCUGACACUGGUGCAUGGAAACACUUUCAAACCUUAUAAAACCAAACGGAAUGUCAUAAUUGUUACAAUCCUUACUUGGAUAACAACUGGGGGACUUAAUGCACUGAUAUUGAAAAGGUUUACAGUGGCAGAUGGAUACUGUACUGGAGCACCAGAUUUCAUCAAAACUUUAUACUUAUCAUUCUUUAUUUUUGGAUAUGCAUUACCACUGGUGAUUAUAUUUAUACUCCAUGUGCUGAUACUGGUUUUCCUACAUAAGAACAAUCAUACUGGUGCUGUUGGAAGUAGGAGAAGGAAUAAUCGUGCAAGCCAAGUUGUCAUAGCAACGGUGGUUGCAUUUGCCUGUUUGUGGUUACCUUUCCAAGUGUGUACGAUGGUUGCAUUCUAUGGAAAGGCACAGUCAUCACAGAUGUAUAAACUAGUUGUACAUAUAGCGCAAUGUCUCGCAUAUGCCAAUUCAUGUGUAAACCCAUUCCUAUACAGCUUUGUUUCUAAUGACUUUAGAGUUGCAUUCAAAGAAACAUUUACAUGUGAUUAUACACCUAUAAAACAGACCUUAACUACAGAUAACGCUGUAAUUGGACAAAGCAGUGAAAUGGUACAAGUUAGAGAAACUGAAUUGCAUACAGUUGAGACUUCAAUUACUUGAUUACAGAUUUUCUUGAAAGAACACCCUGGGUUUCUAAAUGAAAUACAGUCUAAUUUCUGUUUUCCUUUUUUAUGCCCAUGGGUGUACAUUUUAAAGUACUAUCAAUCAAACACUAUAGUUAUGCUGAUAAUACAUACAUGUACAUGUAAUGGCCUCAUCUUGUAACAUAGGAGCAAUGCUUUGACAAGCGUUUAGCUUCAGGACAUAUAAAUUAUAGGAUAUCACAGUUUUGAAAAAAUAUAUUUUUGGGUUUUCAUGAACACCUAUUUCUGUUGAAAGGACAUUUCUAUCUAAAAGGUCAUUUUUGAGAAUCAAAAAUCUCAAAGAACUUUUUUCGAUUUAGCCAGCCAAUAUUCACAUCUCCAAAAAGGUCUAUUUGCAGUAUGGCAAGUGAUUUUAUUCGGUCAUAUCUCACCAUGAGUACUUUUUGGCCAUAAAUACAUUGGUUUUUAUUAAAUAAUAUGUUUUCUUUCAAGUAAAGUCCCUAUGAUGAUGAAAAAUUGUUGAAC